UGUCGAACUGUCUGUUGACGUCGUCGUAUCAUGAACUCUGAUCGUCACCGGAUUACUCACUCUUUCUGUCGUGCUUGUUGUCCUUCAAUCGUCUUUUGUUUAUGAUCUUUUUGUUGAGUAUGAUAUUUGGUGUCUAGAAUGACGGUACUGAGUUUUAACUGAGACGACGUAAUCAAGUAGAAUUGGUUACCUGUGCUGAGGUGAAGUUUCAAGCCUAGGCAUUAUCCAAGCUCUAUGCAGCUAGACAGGCGCCCUCGCUUGGUGGAUGGUAAACUACCGGUCUUCGUCUUUCCUACUGAGAUAGUGUAUUACGUCGAUGAUCGUAGUUCUCACAAGCAGGUCUUAACGGUUUACAACCCCUAUGAGUUUACGCUAAAAUUCAAGGUUCUUUGUACAACACCUCGCAAGUAUGCCGUGAUCGACUCUGAGGGAACAAUCCGCCCAGGAUGCUGCGUGGAUGUUGUUGUAAGACACAAGGACAUCCAGGAGUCCUCCUAUGGGGUCAAGGACAAGUUUCGUCUGAAUUUGUACGAGCAUGGCCAACGUGAACCUAUAGGAAGUAGAGAUAUACAAGCCGUCCUCCUACCGACGUCUGAGGGCCAGGGGAGGGAGUCUCAGGACCCUUCAUCGUCAAGGAGGGGGAGUUCAUCUACUGCACCGUUCACAGCCGUUGCGAGACAACGAUCUGUCGCCCCAGGACCUACGAUUGUACUAUUAGCCAUAGCUUGUAUUGCAGCUCUUCUAUUACCCUUGCACGGAGAGGCCGAAACCAGUCUUCCAGUCUAUCUACAUUUGACGGUUAACCAAAAACUUAUAGCCGCCUAUGUCUUAGGUCUUGUAACAAUGGUCAUACUGCGGACAUGACAUGACAGCACUCCUAGAUUGAACAGUUGCCAGAAGGUCUCUUUGAAAGGUUGUUGAAAUUCUACGUUGGAUCUGUUUAAAAUGUAUCGCUAUAUCUCAGCAAAAAAACCAGCAAGCAAAGAAAUAUUCUAAUGAAAUAUUUUGCUAUUCACUCUGGCCUUAUAUAAUUUGGUUUUCUUCAAAGAACCAUCUUAUACCCAACCAAGGCAGUAGGCAGACAGGGACCUGAUGCAGUGGUCAGGUCAUGUGUAUUCCUGGUAAGAGUGAAGCAUUAAUGGUUAAAUAGAAGUUAAAUGCAUUGGUUAUUAGUUUUGCAAUCGAAAGGUUGUGGGUUCGAAUCCCCAAGCUACGUGUAAGUGCUGACUUCACAAGAAUAAGUAUUGUUGUCUAGUGACUGAAUCACAAUUUGAUUUGUGCAAUUCAUACUCGUAGACGUUUAACCCAUAUAGACCAUAUUGAAUAUGACGUCAUCGUUCAAAUAUCUGACCUACAAGAUGGCGUCUGUGCGCAUGUGUGUGCGUG